AUGGAUCUUUCGCCAACGGUGACUGAAAACGGUUCUGAUGACCUCUAUUCAGUGAUGCCCUAUAACAAUAACUUUUUGCAAGAGCCACCCGGACUUCAGCUCAACAAGAGCCAAGACAGCGAGCAGGGUACUGUCGUUAUCGCCAUCUCCAUAACCGUGCUUUAUUCCGUGAUCUGCGUGGUGGGACUGCUUGGAAAUGUACUUGUUAUGUAUGGUGUUGUCAGGUAUACAAAGAUGAAGACUGCAACCAACAUUUACAUCUUUAAUUUGGCUUUGGCCGAUGCUUUGGCUACCAGCACAUUGCCAUUCCAGAGUGCCAAGUAUCUGAUGAGUAACUGGCCUUUUGGAGAGCUACUGUGUAAAAUAGUUAUAGCUAUUGAUUACUACAACAUGUUCACCAGCAUAUUCACUCUGACAAUGAUGAGUGUAGACCGUUAUGUUGCCGUGUGCCAUCCAGUGAGGGCACUUGAUUUCCGAACGCCUGUCAAAGCAAAGAUCAUCAAUGUCUGCAUCUGGAUUAUGUCAUCUGCCAUUGGCAUUCCUAUCACGGUUAUGGCAGUAACCACUGUAACAGACAAGGGUAAAACCAUCUGCAUGUUGAAAUUUCCAGAUCCAGACUGGUAUUAUGACACAGUGACAAAGAUUUGUGUGUUUAUCUUUGCCUUUGUGGUUCCUGUUCUGGUCAUCACAAUCUGUUAUGGGCUAAUGAUUGUGCGUCUGAAAAGUGUGCGUCUGCUCUCAGGCUCCAAACAGAAGGACAAGAACCUGCGGCGCAUUACCCGCAUGGUGCUGGUGGUGGCGGCAGCCUUUAUAGUCUGCUGGACACCCAUCCAUAUUUUUAUUAUCAUCAAGACCUUGGUGGAUAUAGACCAGAAGAAACCACUUGUGAUUGUCAGCUGGCACUUCUGCAUUGCUCUGGGGUAUAUGAACAGCAGCCUAAACCCAGUGCUCUAUGCGUUCCUUGACGAGAACUUCAAAAGGUGUUUCCGAGAAGUCUGCCUGCACUUCCGCUCUCAAGUGGAACAAAAAGACUUUUCCUGUGCCCGUAACGCCACCCGAGGACCCACCUCAGUGUGUGGCCCAACAGAGUCUGUAAAGAAGCCCACAUGA